AGGACUACGGCAGCCGGCAAACUUUGCCUGCCGGGGCCUGCCUGCCGGAGAGGACCCGCGCAGAGGCGGAGUCUGGCGGCGGCGGCGCGCGCGACACCGGGGAUGAAGCUGCUCCUGGCUUGGCGGCCACAGGCUGAGCGAGCGUAAGAGGCUGGCCAGGCAUUGCAGAGGCUGCGGGCGGCUAGGUGCGCAGUUGCUGCGGGCCGGGGGAAGAGAGAAACGGCGGCGGCGGCGGCUCCAGCACCACCAGCAGCAUGACGCGCCCUCCUCCGCUCCUGCUCCUUUCGCUGCUGCUGCUGCUUCGAAUCCCCGGGCCGUGCUCCGGGGAGCGGAGCAGCAGCGCCCUGGAGGAGAUCGCCACGGAGAAAGAAGCCGAGGAGAGCCACCGGCAGGACAGCGUGAGCCUCCUGACGUUCAUCUUGCUGCUCACGCUCACCAUCCUCACCAUCUGGCUCUUCAAGCACCGCCGCGUCCGCUUCCUUCACGAGACCGGCCUGGCUAUGAUCUACGGGCUCAUUGUUGGAGUGAUCUUGAGAUACGGCAUACCUCCCACCAGUGGUCACGAUAAACCUUUAAGCUGUUCCCAGGAGGACCGGGCUUACACAACUUUGUUGGUCAAUAUCAGCGGGAAAUUCUUUGAAUACACCUUAAAAGGAGAAAUAAGUCCUGGAAAAAUACACAAUGUGGAACAGAAUGACAUGUUGCGAAAAGUAACAUUUGAUCCAGAAGUGUUUUUCAACAUCCUCCUGCCUCCCAUUAUUUUCCAUGCUGGCUAUAGCUUGAAAAAGAGGCAUUUCUUCAGAAACUUGGGGUCUAUUCUAGUUUAUGCUUUCCUAGGAACUGCAGUCUCUUGUUUCAUCAUUGGGAAUCUUAUGUAUGGUGUUGUAAAACUAAUGAAGCUGGUGGGGCAGCUCUCUGAUACGUUUUACUACACAGAUUGUCUCCUUUUUGGAGCCAUUAUAUCGGCUACUGAUCCAGUCACUGUGCUGGCAAUUUUUAACGAACUUCAUGCUGAUGUUGACCUCUAUGCACUGCUGUUUGGAGAGAGCGUUCUGAAUGAUGCCGUUGCUAUUGUACUAUCCUCUUCUAUUGUAGCGUAUCAGCCCACAGGAGGAAACAUCCAUGCUUUUGAUGCAGCUGCCUUUUUUAAAUCUGUUGGCGUUUUCCUUGGAAUCUUUAGCGGCUCGUUCAUGAUGGGAGUAGUGACAGGAGUUGUGACAGCUCUGGUAACAAAGUUCACAAAACUGCAUUGCUUCCCCUUACUGGAGACUGCACUCUUUUUUCUGAUGUCUUGGAGUACGUUCUUGCUGGCUGAAGCUUGUGGCUUUACAGGCGUGGUAUCUGUCCUGUUCUGUGGAAUCACACAAGCUCACUACACGUACAAUAAUCUGUCUGUUGAAUCAAGAAGCCGAACCAAGCAGCUCUUUGAAGUGCUGCACUUCCUGGCUGAGAACUUCAUAUUUUCUUAUAUGGGCUUAGCACUCUUCACUUUCCAGAAGCAUAUAUUCAGCCCCAUUUUCAUCAUAGGAGCUUUCAUAGCUGUUUUCGUGGGACGAGCUGCACACAUCUACCCUCUUUCAUUCUUCUUGAAUCUGGGCAGAAGGCACAAGAUUAGCUGGAAUUUCCAGCACAUGUUGAUGUUUUCAGGACUUCGAGGAGCCAUGGCAUUUGCUCUGGCCAUACGAGACACCGCGACUUAUUCUCAUCAGAUGAUGUUCUCCACCACGCUCCUCAUUGUCUUCUUCACUGUUUGGAUCAUUGGCGGAGGCACAACGCCCAUGCUCUCAUGGCUGAAUAUAAGAGUUGGCGAACAUGUUCCAUCGGUGGAAGAGAUGAAUGAAAGCCGCUGGCUGUACUUCAGAGUGGGAGUUGAUCCAGAUCAAGACCCGCCACCCACUAACGACAGCUUUCAAGUCCUUCAAGGAGAGGGUCCAGAUGCCGAAAGAAGGAACCGGACGAAACAGGAAAGUGUUUGGAUCUUCAGGCUGUGGUACAGCUUUGACCACAAUUACCUCAAGCCCAUUCUCACACACAGUGGCCCUCCGCUCGUUACGACUCUUCCAAGUUGGUGCGGCUUGAUAGCGCGUUGCUUAACGACUCCCCAGGUUUAUGAGAACCAAGAGCAGCUUAGAGACGAAGACUCUGACUUUAUCCUGAACGAUAGCGACCUGACGCUCACGUACGGGGACACGACAAUAACUGCUAACGGGUCCUCAGGUUCACAUGCUGCUGUUACCAGCCUUGAUGGCAGGAAGACAAAAAGCAGCUCAGAGGAGGCGCUGGAACGUGAUCUGGGAACAGAAGCGCCUGAGGUGAUGAGCAGAGGCACCCGGCUAGUGUUUCCACUGGAUGCAUGAUGACUGGCUUGGUAAAAAUGCAGCAAUAGAGCCCCAACACCCAAAGAUCAAAGAUGCCUGCAGGCCUCGGAGCUGGCAGAGAGGCUUAUCAAACUGAAUUCAUGCCUGUUGUCCAAGUGGUUUUAUUAAGGUCUGAAGAUGCCCUUGCCCCCCACCCCCAUCUCUUCUCUAAUUUCUUUCAAGAUGCCGGCAAAUGUCUAGAAGAUACCUGACAAGUGAAAAAGUGGUCAGGUCAUUGUUAAAAAGAAAAAAAAAAAGAAUACUUGAAUAAAUGAAAAGUAGCAUGUUUUAAGAGCCGUGUUCUACUGAGCCACUCCUCAUGAGAAGAGGCAUUAAUGGUAAUGGUGGUUUAAACUAAUUGAGAACCACUAAAAGCUUUUCAGCCUGGAAAGCGCAGGAGAUGUUGAGGUCGGUCAUCACGGAGAGAGAGGGUGUAAUGUUUGACUUAUACUUGAAGAAAUGUAGGUGCAAAGGUGUACGUUUCAUGUUGUGACCACAUCCACAAAUGUUGUUUUAUUUCCUGAGACUUGUUGAAAAACAAAGCUCCGUGACAUUUCAAGGGAUAUUUAAAAAGAAAAAAAAAUUAUAAUCGUCCUUGCAAGUAAAGUUUUCUAUUAAAUUAUUCUGUGUCUAAAAGGGGAAAGAAGCAGUCUGUGCAUUUCUCUUAAUCUCUUACUGAGAAUUUCUGUUAAGAGUCCUCUGGCUGUUACCACAAGCAAAAAGUCUGAUCUGUUCGCCACCUUUUUUUUUUUAAUUUGCCUCUUAGUUCUAUAAACUCCUAGACUUUACUUGGAGGAAAGCAUCAGUCAACCAGUGGUGACAUUCCUCUAACUAUGAAGACAGUGUUGAAUGAAUGCAAUGCAGCUUAUACAUUAAGAAGUAUUGAUUGAAUCUGUUUUGGGUCCCUGUCCUCCAGGGCCCAUCAACCCCAAACAUUAUGGACAGUGGUCAGGGGUGAUAGGUGUUGCUGGCUCUCAGAUCCUCCAUCCUUGCUGUAUGGUGUCUGGAUUUAAGCUACGAUUCUCUUAACCAAGGAGGAUGAAUGAGCCUGCCAUAAGUGAAAGCUCUUCAUGUGAUGCUUGCAUCAGAACAAAAAGUGUUUCUCUUUCUCUGUUAGGAAGUCCAUUUGUUCGUGUGUGUGUGUGUGUGUGUGUGUGUCUGUUUUAGUGGCAUAUUGCACUAUGACCCUGAUCUAUUAAAAACAGUGCAGUGCCUUUUCUGUAAAAAAGAAAAGAAAUCAUGUUGUAAUCUGAAAAGGGAAGACUAAGGCACAGAGAUGCUCAUUUGCAAGUAGAACACAGGCAGUCCUAAUUGUGAAUGAGUGGCACCCAUGACACAAUUAGGUGGUUCCUUGCUGCUUCCCUCAAAAGAAGCUUAGCUGAUAAAAACAGGUUUUAAAAAAUAAUAAUGUAAUGUUUUGACUCUUAAUGGGCAGGCUGUUUUGGUUUUGUUUUUUAAAAAAACUGACUACCCUAUAAUUGAAACAUAAGAAAAAUGCUUAGGAAAAUUAAAAAAAUGUUCGUUCUUUUCUUCUUACCAUGAGGACAAUUUUUUACUUGCCGUUUUCUUUCAGUCUGCUUGUGAAGCAGAAAUGAAAUUUGAACCCAGUCUAUGUAAUAAAAAGUCUGUAACUCUUC